UGACAGACGGCAACAAUCAACGGUCAUUUUCAAAAAAUUCGGACGUUACGCGUGACGCCACGCCGAGCGUGCGCUGAGGUCAUUUCCUGUUUGUGCUCCCGUUGAGUCGCUAGACGGAGGCCUAUCCGCGAGAUCAGUACGGGCACGGCGAGGGGUUUAAAAGCGUUAAACGUGUCAACAAGGUGCUGUGGGAUGAGUUUGGGCGACCGGGCUCGUGUUUUGGGUGACUGAGGGGGAGUUUGUGAGGAGAAUCGGGCGCGCGGGUGUUGUUAUUUUUCGGGGCAGCUGUGAGUGAUCAUUGGCAGAGUUCAAUACAUAGCAGCUCGCUCGCGAGGGGAAUAAACAAACACUUAACACCCCCAAACACCUUGUUUUCGCCCCACUUACAUGGGCUUUUGAGGAUCUAUACACUGCAUUGGACCAACACAUCACAGGAGAAUAAAAGUGCAGGUGAUUGCGGCUUUUUGUUUCUAAACGCCUGCCUGACCCAAGACACCACCCUCCCACCCUCCCUGCCACCCUGUCCUGAGCCCCACACAGUCCCUAACCCAGCAUGAACGAGGUCAGCAUCAUCAGAGAGGGCUGGCUCCACAAGAGAGGUGAAUACAUUAAGACUUGGAGGCCUCGGUAUUUCAUCCUAAAGAGUGAUGGCUCUUUCAUCGGCUACAAGGAGAAGCCUGAGACAUCAGACCACAAUCAGCCACCUCUCAACAACUUCUCAGUCGCAGAGUGUCAGCUGAUGAAGACUGAAAGACCUCGGCCGAACACAUUUGUCAUCCGCUGCUUACAGUGGACCACUGUGAUUGAGCGCACCUUCCAUGUGGACAGCAAUGCUGAAAGAGAGGAGUGGAUACGGGCAAUCCAGGCUGUAGCCAAUGGGCUCAAGUCCCGGGAAGAUGAGGAGCCAAUGGAGUUUGGUUCCCCUGGAGACAACAGCCUGGAGGGGAUGGAGGCUGCCAUAGCAAAGUCCCACACCAAAGUGACAAUGAGUGACUUUGACUACCUAAAGCUGCUGGGUAAGGGCACGUUUGGAAAGGUGAUUCUGGUAAGGGAAAAGGCCACUGGCAUGUACUACGCCAUGAAGAUCUUGCGCAAGGAGGUCAUAAUAGCUAAGGACGAGGUCGCGCACACAAUCACAGAAAGCCGAGUCUUACAGAACACACGGCACCCUUUCCUUACGACACUAAAAUACGCCUUCCAAACACGUGACCGGCUGUGUUUCGUCAUGGAGUAUGCAAAUGGAGGCGAGCUAUUCUUCCACUUGUCGCGAGAGCGCGUGUUUACUGAGGACAGAGCUCGCUUCUACGGGGCUGAAAUAGUUUCGGCACUGGAGUAUCUGCACUCUAAAGAUGUUGUCUACAGGGACCUAAAGCUGGAGAAUCUAAUGCUGGAUAAAGAUGGUCACAUUAAAAUCACAGACUUUGGCUUGUGUAAAGAGGGCAUUACUAAUGAGGCCACCAUGAAGACAUUCUGUGGGACACCAGAGUAUCUCGCUCCUGAGGUAUUAGAAGACAACGAUUACGGCCGUGCGGUUGACUGGUGGGGUCUGGGAGUGGUCAUGUAUGAAAUGAUGUGUGGUCGGCUGCCCUUCUACAACCAGGACCACGAGCGUCUGUUUGAACUCAUUUUAAUGGAGGAGAUUCGUUUCCCCAGAAACCUCUCACCCGAGGCCAAAGCCCUGCUCGCUGGCCUACUCAAGAAAGACCCCAAACAGAGGCUCGGAGGAAGUCCAGAAGAUGCCAAAGAAGUGAUGACACACAAGUUCUUCAAUUCCAUCAACUGGCAAGAUGUCCUUGAAAAGAAGCUCAUCCCACCGUUCAAGCCACAAGUGACCUCAGAAACAGACACACGCUACUUUGAUGACGAGUUCACUGCACAGACCAUUACUGUCACACCACCUGACCAAUAUGACAGCCUUGACGCAGAGGACCCAGACACACGCACACACUUCUCGCAAUUCUCCUACUCAGCCAGUGUGCGGGAGUGACUGUCCUCCCCCACUCUCUCGCUUUUACCAGCAGACCGGACGCCCCUCACAUACACACACAAACUCGAGCGCAUACAAGGACAUGCAGCACCAGCAACCCCAGACCUCAAAGGAGCGGGUUCUAGCAGAGCACAGCACCUGUGAACAGUCCCGAACAGGCGGUACCCUCUGGCCAGUCCUGGUUUCUGAUUGGCAUUCCAAUCAGCCAAUCAUAGCCUGACACUACACACUGCAACAUAAUCCACCAAUCAUUGAAUACAGACCAUCCAACCAAUCAGGUACCAAGAAGAAUGCAGCUUAACACCAGCAGGUUUCAGGACACACCCGCACGUGCACACUCAAAACACUGGACUACAGGACAAACGCCUCUUGUAAACACAAAUAUUGAACACACUCUAAAUCAUCAUGUGGGAACAAGAAACAUGGAAUAAUUUGGACUUCUCCCACUGAUUGUUACAGUUUUAAAGCCAUAAUUGUACAAGUGCUCUUUCUGGAACUAGCUGUUACCAAUACUGUUUUUACAGCUGGUGAGAUAGAGAAAAGACGCUGAGAGACUGAUAAUGGGGUAGCACAGAGAGAAAUAGUGCUGUUUUUCUGCCUGGAAUGCUGUGCGUAUGUGUGUGGAUGAAUUUGUGAGCGUGUGGAUGGAUGCAUGUUCUCUGUCUACAUCUUAAACUGUGUGUCUUUUUGUGUUUUGAUUUUGUACGUGGGCAGAACAUUAGGGAAUGGGGGGGGCUUGCUAGGGGUUUGGGGGGCUCACACUAUAGAUGUGAAAACGUUUGUGCUUUAAAGGGAAGAGAGAGAGAAAAAUCUAGGUUGUUCAUGGGGAUGCUGUGGUUUCCUCCCCCACUGGGAACCUUGAAAGCAGCAUUUUCAAGUUUCAUCCACUGCCUCAAGAGGCUGUUUGUUUCAUGGUGAGUGUAUCAUAGAAACUGUCCAUCAUGUUGUUUUGAUCCUCUCUACAGUUUUGCAGGCAUUGACGUUGAGAUUUAGAGGCAAACAAACACAAAAGAUUUGUGUUUCAAGCCCUUUCGACAAUUAAUCAUGAAUUAUGAAUGGUAUAAAUUAUGGAUGCCGACAUUUCAUUUUUCACUAGUAAAAAUUACAAUUCUUGAUAUUAGUUAAUACGUUUGCACUAAAAACGUUAAUUCUCUAUAAAAAAAAAAAUUACGUCAUUACUCACGGAAAUACCCUAUCUUGAUUAUCAAAAAUGGAAUUUCAACUAGUGAAAAAACGUUUAUUGAUAUCUGUAAUUAUCAUCUUUAGUUAUUGAUAACUGUAAUUAUUGACUAAAAACAAUAUUUAUAUUAAUAAUUACAUUUUUACUAAUGCAAAUUUCCAUUCCUGAUACAAACUUUUGAAUUACAUCUAGUAAAAAUGCGAAUUUUUGAAAUGUCAAUUAUGUUUACGUGUUAGAUUCAGUAUUUCAGAUAUCAAUAAACUGAGUAAUCAAAGAUAUUUUAAGACUUUGUUGUUGUUGCUUGUUACAUAUUACAGAUACCUGAAACUAACAAUGCCACUAGUGAAAACAAAAUUCCAAAUAGAAUUUUAUUUUUACCAGUUGUUGAUAUCAGGAAUGGGCAUUUGUACUAAUAAAAAUUUGGCUAUUUGUGUGUGUGUGUGUGUGUGUGUGUGUGUGUGUGUGUGUGUGUGUGUGUGUGUAUAUAUAUAUAUAUAUAUAUAUAAUUUUUUUUUCUAGUUCUUGGAACAUUGCUGAUCUGAAAUUGGAAUUUCAGUUAGUAAAAAUUAAUUGUAGAAAUAUGUAAGUGCAUUUUGAACAGGAGUGGCAGACAGAUCAAUGAGAAAUUCUGUUAGAUAUCAAUAAUUGUGUUUUUUACUAGAUGAUAUCAAGAAUGGUUAUUUUGCGAGUAAUGUUCACAUUUUUACUAGUGCAAACCUAACUACUGAUAUCAAUAAUUAGCAUUUUCACUAGUACAAAUUUCAUUGCUGAUAUCAAGAAUUGCCAUUUGAACUUGUGAAAACUUAAUUAACGUAUAAUUCAUAUCCUGCACGAUUAAAAGUCCAUUCGGCUUGCCAUAGAUUUGAAUGUCCUGUUAUUUAACAGCAAGAGCUACUAGGUCAGCAUGUCAGUCAGUUAGUAACAAGACUGACUGGUUAAAGUAGCAAAUGUACUGAUGUGCUACAUCAUUGUUUUUGCAGCCUUGACACUUUUUUUCAUUUCUCUUUUUUUAUUAGUGUAGUAAGACACACACGCACAAAAAAAAAAAAAACAACAAAAAAAAACUUUAGAAUGUUUGAAAGGAAAUGUUCAACUUCAUCUCCGGAUGUGUAACUGUUUUGUGUCGUUCUCUGUAUGGAAACUGUCGAAACAUGCCGCUUAGAAGUGUGAGGUGUUAUUUUCUAAUUUUAUUUUAUUUUUUAUUAUUAUUAUUAUUAUUAUUAUUAUUAUUAUUAUUUUGCCUUUUUAAAGAUUCUUCAUGUAAGGAACAUCACAUUGUUUUGUUUGUUUUAUUCAUUAUUUUAUUUGGAUUUUUAUUUUUUUCUUCGUUCUUUGUCCACCCACUGCCUGAAAUUAAAUUGUCUUGAUAAAAUAUAUAUAUAUAUAUAAAAUAUAUAUUACAAUAGUAAACCUUUUUGUCUUUUUUGUUCUUCAUUUGUCUUUCAUUUUUCUGUGUGUGUGUGUGUGUGUGUGUGUGUGUUUGUAAUAAGUUAGUCACAGUAUAUAAUUGCAAUAGCAGUUCAUUUGUUGGGAUGACUAUCCUUUUUGUUAUUACAUGAUGUACAUUAGCAUCCCUUCUUUAUAAACAUACAUUUUAUUACACAUACAAAAAGGUCUUCACUGAACCGAAGUGCUUCUAUGGUUCUUACACACUUAUGCUUUGUCUUAACAUAGUGAGCUGCUUACCUCCAUGCAGUGCAUUUGUGGCCAUCAUGCCUGAUAAUGCUGUCAGGGUAGGCAGCUCAGCUAGGUUUCGAAACACAACUCCUCUUGCCUUGACUGAGAGAGGCCGCCAGAUGGCGACAAAUACCUGUGUGAUGAAACAGUACACUGAAGAUAACAAUAUUUGACAUGCGCACUCUAGUUCUCACCGUGAUGUUCGAAUAUAGUUUAUAAAAAGAACAUUUGGCCACAUUUUUGAGGGGCAAACAUCUCAAAUGUAUGCUGUGGUGAUUUCACUCAUUUAUCUUGUGUAUAUACUGUAUCUGUAGGGCAAUUCAGCUUUAAAUUUAAAUUAUUUUGCAGCUGUAACCAUCGACUGUUCUGUUUUGAAUGUGAUGAACAAUCACGAUUGUCAUCACUGAUGUUCAAUUAGCUUUUCUUAGUGCGGGGAAUGCAAAUAUUGGGGGAAACUUGAAAUAUUUCAGCAAACUUCUGAGAGAUUUGUUUUGCUACAGAGUGCUUUGGGUUAUGCUUUGCUAUUAGAAAAUUCAUGCUAGUAAAUUAUUUUACCAAAACCUG